AUGGAAGUUAUUGAUAGUAGGUCUGGUGAUGAGACUGACUUGCCACUGUCUGCGCUUUCAACAGAUAAAUCCUUUUUAUCAGACUCUGAUGUUGACAAUAAGAAAAGGUCUCUAGAAGAGGAAGUGGUAAUCAAGAAUGAGACGAGUGGUGAACCAUCUUCACCUAAAAAGAACUCCGAGCCAUCAUCUAAAAAAGUAAAGUUGGAAGUCGAUAACAAUAUUUUACCCCCCAUAAAACAAGAAGCUCCCAAAGAGAAGAAGAAACUGUAUAGUAGGCGGAAGGUGGAGAAGGAAAAGGAAGAGCCAGACUCUCAUGACUUCUCAAAUGAAUCCGAAGAUAUUUCUAAACAAUACAAAAAGUUCAAAAAUGCGCCGAGGUUCAAUUUGAAUAGUGAGGAGGUCUUUUGUAUAUGUAGAAAGCCAGAUCAUGGAGGCUUGCUUAUGAUUUCUUGUGAUGGCUGUGACGAAUGGUUUCAUUUUAGCUGUAUGAAGUUGAAUAUGCAAUACCAGAACUUGAUAUCUAAAUUCUAUUGUAAGUUUUGUCUGUGGAAAGAAGUCGGACAAACACAGUGGAAGAGAAAAUGUAGAUUGGAUACAUGUUAUGAGCCGAUCUCUGCAGAGGGGAAUUCAAAAUACUGUUCUGAAAAAUGUGGGAUAGACUAUAUCAAGGGAAAGCUAGUCACUUCGAACGGCGGACUUCUGCAUAGCACGUCGAUAAAUUCGAAACAUGACUCUAAAAGUGGUGCAUCCAACUCAGAUGUUAAGUCACUGAGUUUGACUGUGCCUGAAAUCAAAUCAAUUUUGAUCUACAGUACUAAUAACGGCACCACUGACGAUGAACAGUACAGAAAUCUAAAACUUUUGGGUUCAAAACUACCCCAGUUGCCAGAAGUGAUGGCAUAUCACUCAGAUCCUCUGGUUCUAAGCAGGUUUCCAGAACCUCUUCAGUCUGAAAUCAAGCUCUUGAAUGAAAAAUCCUCGAGCUUUCAAGACUUACUUAAAGUGUACAUGAACAGAUUGGAUCUCCUUGUGAAGAUGCGUGAAAAAUUAAGAAUCAUCAACGAAAAAUUACAAGAAAGGGACCAGACUGCAAGUUCAAAAGCAACUGAAGCGCCGACGGGUACAAAGUCUAAGAAGGGUAAGUCAAGCAAAGCGAAAAAGAUUGAGAUAUGCGGUUACGAGAAGAUAUUCAGCGCUGAUCAAGAGGAAUGGAUACGAUACUCUGAAACGCAUGAGGAUGAGAUUAACGCUCUUUUAGAUAAUUCAUCCUUGUCGUACGACAAUAUUCAUGAAAAUAUGCGGAAGCAAAUUGACGAGUUAGUGGAGUUUUACAAUAGUAAGGAAGACGAGUUGCAGUGGUUUGAUGAGAAGAUUUGCAUUAAUGACAAGAGGAAAUGUGCUAGACAUGGAGGGUGGUGGAGCUUAAUACAAGACGAGAUCUCCAACAAGAUAAACGAAUUCCAUUCAGAUAUAAGAUCAUUGGAAAGGGAAAAGCAGCAAUUACUUAGAGAGUACAGUAUCCUGGUGUUUGAAAGUGGAUCUAAGAUACCCCAGUAG